CUGGACCAAUCGGAAUCAAUUGUGAAAUGUAAACGUGUCAUGGAGCAGAUGCAUAUAAACUCGCGGUAUAAUCCCCUCCGGAUUAAAUAGAGUAUUGAGUUUUGCACUGGAGGACAUGGUGGCAUUGGUUUAACUGGGAAAAAUCUGGGAUUUUAUUUUUUAACUGAUAACUGGUGGGACUGGUGAAUAAUGAGAGUUUUGAGGAUGAGGCGAAGUCGUACGGUGAAUGUCCUCAUUGGGCUGACAGUUGUGGUUUUAGUAGUUUAUGCUAUUUGUUCGAUAUUUUCGACAGAUCAUGUCAAUAAUAUUAAGGAUUAUUUGAGCGAGGGACUGCGAGGCAAAAGGGUCCCGCGCUUCAUAGAAGGCCUCGGCAACUUCGAGCCGCGCGACGUAAAGCCUCGAAAGGGUCCCGGUGAGGGAGGCAAGCCCCACGUCCUCCGCGACGACCAGCAAAACGACGUCCAACAAUCUGAAUCCGAUUAUGGGAUGAACAUGGUCUGCUCCGACGAGAUCUCCCUGGACCGAAGUAUCCCAGACAUGCGUCCGGGGGAGUGCAAGCACUGGGACUAUCCAGAGGAACUCCCAAAGACCAGUGUCAUCAUAGUAUUCCACAACGAGGGCUGGUCAGUCCUGCUGCGCACAGUCCACAGCGUGAUAAAUCGUACACCUCCCCAAUUCCUCGAGGAGGUGCUCCUCGUGGACGACUUCUCGGACAAAGAUAAUUUAAAGGCUGAGCUGGAGUCCUACAUCGAGAGGUGGGACGGUAAGGUUCGAUUGUUGAGGAAUUCCGAGAGACAGGGUCUGAUCAGGACUCGAUCCCGUGGGGCUAGAGAGGCGAGGGGAAAAGUCAUUGUUUUCCUGGACGCCCACUGCGAGGUCAACGUGAACUGGCUGCCACCGCUCCUGGCACCGAUCGCAGUCAGCCGCACUGUGAUGACAGUUCCAAUAAUCGAUGGCGUAGACCACAAGACCUUUGAAUACCGCCCUGUGUAUCAGGAGGGCCACCUGUACCGUGGUAUCUUCGAGUGGGGAAUGUUGUACAAGGAGAACGAGGUCCCCAAACGAGAAUUGAAGACUAGAUCCUAUUCCAGCGAGCCCUACAAGUCACCCACUCACGCUGGGGGACUGUUUGCGAUGGACAGGGAGUUCUUCCUCUCUCUAGGAGGAUACGACGAGGGUCUUCUAGUGUGGGGGGGUGAGAACUUUGAACUGAGCUUCAAGGUCUGGCAGUGCGGGGGGAGUAUCGUCUGGGUGCCCUGCUCUCAUGUGGGCCACGUCUACAGAGGAUUCAUGCCGUACAAUUUUGGAAAGCUUGCACAGAAGAAAAAGGGACCUCUCAUAACCAUUAAUUACAAGAGGGUCAUUGAGACGUGGUUCGACGAGAAACAUAAGGAGUUCUUCUACACUAGGGAGCCCCUCGCCAGGCUGUUGGAUCAUGGGGACAUCAGUGAACAGCUCAAGUUCAAGGAGAGGAAGAAGUGCAAGAACUUUCAGUGGUUCAUGGACAAUGUGGCUUAUGAUGUUUAUGAUAAGUUUCCAGAAUUGCCUCCCAAUAUUCAUUGGGGUGAGCUCAGAAGUGCUGCCACUUCAGCUUGUCUUGACACCAUGGGACAGGCACCUCCUACUUUGAUGGCAACUUCCCAUUGUCAUGGGUAUGGAAACAAUCAGCUUGUCCGGCUUAAUGCCAAGGGACAGAUGGGUAUUGGGGAGAGGUGUGUUGAGGCCGAUAGCCAGGGAAUUAAACUCGCUUUCUGCAGGCUGGGAACUGUCGAUGGACCCUGGGAGUACGAUGAGAAAACCAAGACACUUCUUCACAGAGUUCACAGAAAGUGCGUGGCUUUUCAUCCACAAACUCAUCAACUUUCUCUCAUGCCGUGCGAUGUUAAUAAUGUUUAUCAGCAGUGGAGUUUUCACCAGAUACGUCCUGACUGGUGAAAGUGGGGAUCAUUGUUGAACAGAUUUUUAAUAUUGAGUACUUAAAAUUAGCUGUGAAGUUUUCGAGGAUACGGACUUUUGGAAGAGGUGGGAAGGUCGAUAUUUGGAGAAUUAUGAGAAUUAUUUUGAAUAGUUGGAGGAGUAUAGUCACUAUUUACGGUUAUCUGUUGGGGUUUUGCGGGACUUUUUCAGUACUGCUUUUGACAAUUUAAUGGAGGAUAUUAAACAUUUUUUUCCAUUUUUAUAACUGACGAGGGUUUUACAAUUUUCUCCAAUAUCUCAACUUUUUGAAGAGAAAAUCAUGUUGAGAGCUAGAAAAUGUUGGAUUCUAUCCCUUUGUUUCUUUAGGUUAAUAGAAAUUUGUAAUUUUGAUAGACCUAGACUAAAUGGAUUAAUCUUCCUGAUUUUUCUGAUACUCGUAGGUGCUAAAGACAUUCCACGAAGUGAUUCCGCCUGAUUCCUAAACCAGUCUUUACACGUCGUAAUUUUGCGAGAUUGUUUACCCCAGAUCUUCCACUUGAUAGAAAUUACAGUUUUGAAAUCAGUUCAACUCUGGGUAUACGAUUUAUGAACUCUCUGAUGAUUAGUGAAUCAUUGACUUGUGCCGAAUUGAUAUAAUUGUACUAGCAAAUCAAACAUUCUACAACAAUGAAAUCAUUAAACUAGACUAAUAUCUAGAUAUAAAUUCAAUGAACAAUUUUGAACAAUGGAUAUUUCUAUGGAUAUCUGUACGCCAGAACUAACACAUAAGUUUUUAUAUCCGAAUAUAAAAAAUGACUGACUCAAAUUUAUUUCAUCUAUCUGUUAAUUCAUUCACACCGAACUCAUGUAAUUCUACAUGCGAGCAGUGACUAUUUUAUUACAAAAUAAACGAUGUUUAUAUUUA